AUGGAGCAAACAAAGAGAUCUAGGAAUAAGUUAAAGGUAAAGAAAAUAAAGGAAGAAAUUAAGACUAAAAGCAUCAGCCAGUUAGCUUCUCAGCCAGGCUCACACCCUCUCAUGAGCAUUUUCAAGAAGACUUAUCAAAAUCCUUCAGAUAAUUGCUUCGAGAUGGCCAAUGAAUAUGACACUUCAGCUAACCAAACUGAGAGAGACCUUUUUGAUAAAAUUAGUGGAAGGAUUAACUCUGAUAAUAAUCAGAUUAAUAAGUUCGAAGAAACUUCUCCUGCCUUCUAUCAGACAAUGAAUGUUCUCCCAAAAUACAAGCAAUCUGAAGGCAAACUUAGUCAUAGAAUUUCUCAAUGAAGUGGGAGAAGAUCUAGUUUAGGCGAAACUCUCAGCAAUUUUGGAGCAUUCAAAAGCAGAAGCCAUAGUAAAAAUAGCCAGGAUUUGACUGGAAGAAAUCACCAACAAGUAUGAACAUAUAUUGGUUGACAAACUAUAGAAAUAUGAUCCUCUUCAUCUUCAAACUCCCUUUGUUACAAUAAAGUCUAAGAUAGUUUAUU